AUGAGUGCCACAAAGGCGCAGUCUCAAAAGAUCUUUGAGAAGGUCAAGCUGAAGCCUGCAAACAAGGUAUGCUUCGAUUGCGGCACUAAAAACCCGACAUGGUCUUCAGUUCCGUUCGGUAUUUAUUUGUGCCUUGACUGUUCGGCACACCACCGUAAUCUCGGUGUGCACAUCUCCUUUGUCCGAUCAACAAAUCUCGACCAGUGGCAAUGGGAGCAGCUACGAGUGAUGAAGGUUGGUGGAAAUGAGUCUGCGACCAAAUAUUUCCAAUCGCACGGAGGUUCCGCUGCGCUGGCGAGCAAGGAUACCAAGGUCAAAUAUACCUGCAAUGCAGCUGUCAAGUAUAAGGAGGAACUCAAGAAGCGCGCUGCGCUGGAUGCGCAACAAUGGAUCGAACACCCCUGCUGGCGAUGGCGACGACGACUUCUUUUCCUCCUGGGACAAGCCCUCGAUCAAGCGUCCGAGCAACCCCCCGUCGCGCACUGGUACACCCCCGUUGUCAGCCGCAACGGCUCUCCUUUCCUGAAUGCCAGCACCGGCGCCAACGGAUCCCGCUCGAAAUCUCCUUUGUCUGCCUCCGAAGAGAAGCGCGCAUCUCCGGCGCCCGCUGCUAUUCGGCCCACAAGUGUCACCCGGAAGACCCCCACAGCUACCUCUGCGAAGAAGGGCAGCGUACUCGGUGCCAAGAAGGCACCAAAGCUCGGGGCUAGGAAGGUUGCGGCUGCAGAUAUCAUCGAUUUCGACGAGGCGGAGCGCAAGGCUAAGGAAGAGGCCGAGCGCAUCGAAAAGCUUGGCUACGACCCCGAGGCCGAGCAGGCGGAAGCCGAGGCCAAGAAGGCUGCGAGUGCUGCCGCUGCUAUCCCAAUCGCUUCCCCCAUCCCAGUCAGCCCUGCCCGCAACUCUCAUGACCGCAAUUCGAGCGACGUAGAGCGUUUGGGUAUGGGUAUGAGCAGACUUGGCUUUGGCCAGGUGUCGAAGCCCGUUGCCCCUAAGAAGCCGACCUUUGGUUCCGUUGGGCCUGCCAAGUCCAACCCUGCUGAUGAUGCGGAACUUGCUCAGACCAGAACCCGAUUUGGCGCCCAGAAGGGCAUCUCGUCUGACGAAUUCUUCGGACGAGACCGGUUUGACCCUGCUGCUCAAUCGGAGGCUAAGGAGCGUCUCCGCCAAUUCGACAGCGCUACUUCUAUUUCUAGCAACAGCUACUUCGGCCGGCCCGAAGAUGAGAUCAGCUCGCUUGACGACGGUUACGGCGAUAUGGAGGUUGCUGCUAAGGACUUCAUCCGCCGCUUUGGUAUCACUGCUGGAGAUGACCUUGAGAAUUUGUCGCAUCUGGUUGGCGAAGGUGCGACUAAACUACAGGGUGCUAUUCGCAACUAUCUCAACAACUAG